GUAAUACUUAUAUGAUAUAUUUGUUCUAUUCUUUAUAUUGUCAAAUAAUACUCUAUGUUACUUAGGGAAUUCAUCCAUGAAAUUAUAUCUAUCUUAUGUAAGAGAUUAGAAACAAGGUUGAAAAUUGUUGUUUUUUUUUUUUUUGCUUUCGAAGAAAAGUUUGUGCAUCUUAAUAUAGACAUAUAUAUGUAUUAAUUGACAAACAUAACACAUGUGUAGGCGUAAUAUAUCUAUCUAUAACACAAAGUACACACUAUAAUAUUGUAUAUUAUAGAACAUUUAACAAUUAUAUAUACAUAGAAUAAUAUGAAUAAUAAUUUCAUUAUCUCUUGUUUUAUUUUCAAAUAACUAUAUUAACCGCCAAAUUUAUUUUAAAUUUUUAAAUCAUUUCACCUCAAACAAUAAUUACAUGUUUCCAAGAAACGGAUUUAUUUAUAAAAGAUCAUUUAAUGAAUAGUAAUGAAAAACUAUUAAAAAAAAUCUUUUUUCUGUUUGUUUGUUUGUUUGAAUAAAUUCAAUUCAAUAAUGAAAAAUUCAUUAUUAACUGAACGAUAAUAUAAACACAACUACAAUGUCUAUAAUGAAAUAUUAUAAAAAGUGUCAAUAUCAUAAAGGAAAACAAUAUUCUAUCAAUGGAAUAAUUGUUUUAAUUUUAUUUAUAUAUACAUUAACAAUUAAUCAUAUAAAUGCAUUUGGAAAUAUGGGUUAUUGGUGGAAUCUAGGUCUUUUAUCUUGGAGAACAAUUCAUCAAAGUCCUGCAUUUCUUUUAGCUCCAAAACCACUUUGUUUGCGUGUUCAAGGCUUGACACAUUCACAAGCUCAGUUAUGUCAACGUUAUUUUGAUCAUAUGCCUGUGAUAAGCAUUGGUGCAAAAUUAGGCAUUUAUGAAUGUCAACGACAAUUUCGAUUUAGACACUGGAAUUGCAGUUCUGACAAUGAAGCUUCAGCAUUUGGUCCGGUAACUUUAACAGGUAGCCGUGAAGCUGGUUUUGCUCAUGCAAUAUCUGCAGCUGGUGUUGUACAUGCAUUAGCAAGAAGUUGUAAAGAAGCUCGAUUAUAUUCAUGUGGAUGUAGUAAAGCUGAUAGACCAGAUCAAUUACAUCGUGAUUGGAUAUGGGGUGGUUGUGGUGAUAAUAUUGCUUAUGCGUAUAGAUUUGCCAAAGCAUUUAUUGAUGUUAGAGAAAAAGAGAAAAGUUAUCCAAGACAUUCAAAUGAAUUAGCACGUAUGUUAAUGAAUUUACAUAAUAAUAGAGCAGGUCGUUUGGCCGUCUAUAAAUUAGCUUCUGUAGCGUGUAAAUGUCAUGGUGUUUCUGGAUCAUGUAGUUUAAGAACAUGUUGGACACAAUUGUCUCCAUUCACUCGUAUCGGUCGAUAUCUUCGUCAAGGUUAUGACGAAGCUGUUAAGGUUAAAUUCAACAGACGUGGAACAAAACUACGUCGAGCUAGUAGACAAUUACGUCGUAUCACACCAGAUCAUAUCACAUAUUUAGACGAAUCAUCAAAUUAUUGUGAAUAUGAUCCAAGCACACAGACUUCAGGUACAAGAGGUCGUGAAUGUUUACCAAACAAUACAGAUCAAUCAAGUUGUGCAACACUUUGUUGUAAUCGUGGUUCACAACCACAAUUACGUGAAGUACGUGAAAAAUGUCAUUGUCAAUUCAAUUGGUGUUGUCGUGUUGAAUGUCAGACAUGUGUGAAAACAGAAGAAUAUCAUGUAUGUAAUUGAAUGAAUUUACAACUGAAUACACAAAUUAUCAUAGUUUCUUUUUAUUCAAAGAAUAGUCAAUGCAUUCUUAUUUUAAUCUAUAAAUUGUUUUCCUACGGAUUUCUACCUCAUCAUUUAAACUAUUUUAUUGUUGGUAAAAACAAAAAUGUUCAAAAAUCAAAUAUCAUUCUAGUUACAGGGAAUAUUGUAUCGUAAAUACACUAGUGGAUCAUAGAAAUCAAAGUUACUACAAAUGAAACAUUAACCGGCAACAAAAUAUAUUAUUAUAUAAUCACAAUUAUUAUUAUAAUACCAUCAUUCAAUCAUAUUUUUAAAUAUGUCAGCUUGUUUGUUUGUUUUUUGAAACUAACAAAUUAAAGUUUAUUGUAUUUUAAUGUUUAUCUAAGUAAAUUCAAGUAAAGCAUGAAAUUCAUUUUAGCAUUAAUUCAACAUUGACAUCAUCAGAGCAACAAUAUAUAAAAAAAAGAAGAAGGAAACAACUAAACAUAUAUGUGUGUUGACUAUUAACAACCAUUCAUUCACAAUAAUCAUUAAUCACUAUUGAAAAUUCUAAUACAAAUAUACACAACUUGUAGAUAUACAUAAUGAAUAUAAUUUAUGAUAUAAUAUUUUUUAAAUCAAAAAUUAUUAUUUACAUUUCUUCUCUCUUUGGUUAUUUUCUCUCUCUCUCUCUCUCUCUCUCUCUCU